GAGUAGACUAGCAAACUAGCAAUGCUGGAAAAAAAGAUCAAACAAUUCUUAUAGCUUCCUAGUGGCAAAAAUGGGUUUUGAAUUGCAGAAAGGUUAGACAGGUGAAAGCUUCCUGGGCUGUUGAGCUUGAUGCACCAGAGGGCAUAGGCUUACAAGAAACAAGUGAUAUCAAUCUACUGCGCGGUUGCAAGGCCCAUGUUUAAAUUUUGAUAAUUUAUUAUGAGAAUCAAAGCCCACUCAAUGAUCCAAACAAAGUCAAUUGUUUAACUGCAAUACAUAAAGAUCAGGGUUUUACCUUAGGUAAGUGCAAUAAUGGUCUCGGAAAGAACUAAAAACAGGGAAGCUCGGUUUGUCUGAUAUAUAUGUACGAGAAUGUGAAUAUCCCAUAAAUCUGGAAUUGGAUUCCACAUUGAAAGUCCAAGUCAAGUGCAAGCAUACCAUAGAUUCCAAAAACGAACGGUUCCGAGAUUCCCGGAUGACUCAAACUCUAUCCCCUUAUACACACCUGCUUACAUGUGAUUCCUUAGAGUUAGUGUCUCCUCAAACUCUAUCCACUUCUUCACCAUUCUGUUACGCGGUCAUUUUCAACCAAUUUCAGUAGUAGAAUCAUCUUCACUAUCGCUACAGGGAAGAGUCAACGCCAGAACUAGAAAAUAAUGGCUUCUUCACAAACUCAAGUAUCCUUACUACAAGACAAAAUAAUAACAGCUCCAUACGGUUCCUGGAAAUCCCCCAUCACCGCCGAUGUCGUUUCAGGCUCCUCCAAACGGCUUGAAGGUACCGUUGUUGACUCCCAAGGCCAUCUCUUUUGGCUCGAGUCACGUCCUUCUGAAUCAGGACGGGCGGUUCUUGUGAAAGAAGCGACGAAGCCUGGAGAUGAACCAAUUGAUAUUACGCCAAAGGAGUUUUCUGUACGGACAGUGGCUCAAGAGUAUGGAGGAGGAGCGUUUAGGAUUUCUAGGGAUACUGUUAUUUUCUCCAAUUAUGAAGAUCAGAGAUUGUAUAAGCAAUCAAUCAGUUCCACAGAUUCUUGUCCUGUGCCAAUUACUCCAGAUUAUGGGGGACCGCUUGUCAGUUAUGCUGAUGGAAUUUUUGAUUCAAAGUUUGAUCGUUAUAUCACUGUAAUGGAAGAUCGCCGUGGAAGUAGUAUAAAUUCAACCACAACAAUCAUAGCAGUACCACUUGAUGACGGGAAUAUCCAAGAAUCAAAAAUAUUAGUGAGUGGCAAUGAUUUCUAUGCUUUCCCACGUUUGGACCCUAAAGGUGAAAGGAUGGCAUGGAUUGAGUGGAGCCACCCUAACAUGCCGUGGGAUAAAGCAGAGCUCUGGGUUGGCUAUAUUUCUGAGAAUGGAGAUGUGUACAAAUGUGUUUGUGUAGCUGGUUGCGAUCCUAAAAUUGUGGAGUCUCCCACCGAACCAAAGUGGUCCCCUACAGGAGAACUUUUUUUCAUUACAGAUAGAAAAAAUGGAUUUUGGAAUCUCCAUAAAUGGGUUGAAUCUAACAAUGAGGUGCUUCCACUUUAUUCCUUGAAUGCUGAGUUUGCAAGACCAUUAUGGAUUUUUGGAAUGAAUUCUUACGAGUUUGUCAGGAGCGAUGUAGAAAAAACCUUAAUUGCUUGCAGCUACAAGCAAAAUGGGAGGUCAUAUCUUGGAAUUCUAGAUGAUAUUCAGGGUUCAAUUUCUCUGCUUGAUAUUCCUUUCACAGAUAUAGAAAAUAUUACUUCAUGGAAUGAUUAUCUGUAUGUUGAAGGAGCCUCUGCAGUUCAUCCUUCAUCAUUGGCUAAGGUGACUCUAGAUGGUCAUAAAGUAAAUGUAAUAGAUUUCAAGAUUGUUUGGUCAUCUUCACUGGAUAGUUUAAAGUAUGAGUCCUACUUCAGUCUGCCGGAGUUAAUUGAAUUUCCAACAGAGAUUCCUGGCCAAAAUGCCUGUGCAUACUAUUAUCAACCAUCUAAUCCCCUCUACCAAGCUAGCCAGAAAGAAAAGCCUCCAUUGUUGUUGGAAAGUCAUGGAGGGCCUACAAGUGAAACUCGUGGAAUUUUGAAUCUUAGCAUCCAGUACUGGACUAGUCGAGGUUGGGCAUUUGUGGAUGUUAAUUAUGGUGGAAGCACCGGUUAUGGAAGAGAAUUUCGUGAGCGACUUUUGGGGCGCUGGGGAAUUGUUGAUGUUGAUGACUGUUGCAGCUGUGCUAGAUUUUUGGUGGAGCAUGGGAAGGCAGAUGCUGAACAACUCUGUAUAACAGGAGGCUCUGCUGGUGGGUACACAACCUUAGCGGCUCUUGCUUUUAGAGAUACGUUCAAGUCUGGAGCUUCCCUCUAUGGGAUAGCUGACUUAAGCUUGUUGAGGGCUGAGAUGCACAAAUUUGAAUCCCAUUAUCUUGAUAACCUUGUUGGAAGUGAGAAGGAUUUCUUCGAGAGAUCACCUAUCAAUUUUGUUGAUAAAUUUUCUUGCCCCAUCAUUCUCUUUCAGGGACUGGAAGAUAAGGUUGUACCCCCUGAUCAAGCUCGUAAAAUCUACCAGGCAUUGAAGGAAAAGGGUUUGCCUGUUGCUCUUGUGGAGUAUGAGGGAGAACAGCAUGGUUUUCGCAAGGCUGAGAACAUUAAAUUCACACUAGAACAAGAAAUGGUGUUUUUUGCUCGGUUGGUUGGACGCUUCAAUGUUGCAGAUCCCAUUACACCGAUCAAAAUAGACAACUUCGACGAGCACUAAGAGAAGCCUGUGGUUCAAGGAUUUCAUUUGGCCAUGAAUUUUUUGCAACAUAUGACAGUUUUCUAGUUUCCAGGAAGCUUGACAUCUGCUCUUGUUAGUUAUUACCAAAGCAUGUAAAAACCUUUCAUCUGUGUAAACCUGACUGUCUGUAUGAAUUAUAGUUUGAUAAUAAGAUGGUUACUUGUUUUCAAUUUCAUAUAGAAACCUGAUUGUCUGGCUCACCGUCAUCCCAUCGAUUCGAGGCUCUUAGGCUUACGCCUGUCUGCACAUGGAUGCGGCUACUAAAUCAACUGCCCUUGCUCCAGCCACUGCGUCCAAACUUUUCUGUCACAUGAGUCCACCGACAAGUAUUAUAUAUCUAAUGCUUUCACACUGUAAGCAUCAUGUUAAGGACCCACUUCUCAGUUCUCUCUACAAAUCGACCGAUCAUGCAUUGUCCACAAUGUUUUAUCAGGCGACAGAUCAAUUGUACCUUGCCACCAUCUUUUAUUAGGCAAGGAACUAAUGGCCAAUUUUCUCCAUAAAUUAUUUUGGCUCUCUUUUAUUUCAGGAAGGCUACUAAGGCUUAGGCAUGUGUUGAAAGACUGGGUUUUUCUCCUUAUCAGGAUUUGUGGGUUGGCAUUGGGAUAUCUAACAUUGAUUCCUUGCAGAUAAAUUAAUGGCUUCCCACUUCUAGAACUUGACAAUUUCUACAACUUUUAAAAUCUACCCAACUAUAUUAUAUUUUAAUGGAAAAAUCAAGUCUGUUUCCGCUAACUCAUUUAUCUUGUUUUCUUUAAUUUUUUAAGCCUCUGCACCAGAAAAACUUAAACAAAGAAACCAGUGAGACAAUCGUCAGGAUAUGAGGUUUCCAGGUAUUUUAUUGGUAUAAAUUAAACUAGAAAAUGACUUGAAGUCAA